GCCUCGCCGCAUAUUAAAAUGGAGCAGAGCAAGGAAUUGGAUCAGUUCGCCGUGAAGCAUCGCGUUCGAGUGAAGAGGAGAGAUGAUGAGCCAGAAACGGAGGAAGAAGAAGAGAAGGUCGAGAAGGAAGUCCCUGGGGAGGAUCCAGAAAUGGCUAAGAUGUAUGUCCAGUGGCUGAAGGAUCGCAAGAAGCACGCGAUGACCGCGAACGCUCUCAAGACCAACAUGCAAAAAGCGUUGUUGUCAGAGUUAUGGGAGAGGAUGGCAGAAAAACAGGACAAGGUCUUCGACGAGGCUAUAGCCAGACGAGUCUUAGAUCAAUCCAGAUACGAGAAGCAGAUUGUGACAAAACUGUGCGAGGUGCGAGAGCAGAAGAACAUAAUGGCGGAAAACCAAAAGGUCGUCGAGGAUAUAACUCAGGAAGCGAGGGAGGUCGAGCACCGAGCUAGCUAUGAGCGCGCGCAGGAUCUGAUCUGGAAGCAGGAGAAAGAUUACGAGGCCGAGUGUCGUCGAAUGUGUGAACUGCGCGACAGGCUUCUCAUCGAGAAGGUGCAAAAGAUACAACAGAAGCAUUAUACAUCCUGUCAAUCGGCCGUCUCAGACUUGACGAGCAUCGCGAUGAACAUGGGUGUCCACCGCCGAGUGAAUGCGGGCCGCGUCCCCCUCCCUCUGCUCAGCGAGUGGAAAACUAUGUUCGUCAAGUCUCGACCGAUUUUUGACGAGGUGAUAUCGUCUCACGACAGAAACGAUCAGACGGCCCAAGACCAGACGGAGUUGAUGCUGAAGUCGGAUCUGUCGACCAAGUUCGACAAAAUCGAAAUGCUCCGAGACGCGCUGUUCGAGGAUUACCUGGAGACAAACCAGCCCUGGGACCAUUCGUUGCCGUUGCUCGGCGAGGACACGCGUGAAUACCUCGAACUGGGUCGCGUGGUACUCGGGUACAUCGUGCACCGUCUCCUCGAAGGUCUUUACGCCUAUCCACUGAAUCGGUCGCAGACGCUGUUGCUGAAAGUGAGAUACAUCGUCGUGGUCCUCGGGAUCGACAGCAAGACGGUUUACGAGUCGAUCAAGCCUCUCCUCGAACACUCCGGGAUUCGCGCGGUGCGCAUGGAGGACGCGAUCAAUUACUGUCUCGAGGCAUACAAGCGAGAGAUGACCGACGUAGAGUAUAUCGACUUGAACGUGGUCGCGGCCACCACGGAUGCACUCGAGGAGCUCCGAGCCGAUUUUGCAGCAAAGCAAGAAAAAUGUUUAAAGAAUGCCAAACUUACCAGACGUUCUAAGUUAGCCGACGAGACUUCGAUCACCUCAGACACGGCCACUAAUAAGAAGAGCAAAGGUAAAGAGAAGAAGAGAUCAACAAUGAAACCGGAAGCCGAGCAGUUGACUCAGGACAAAGAGAUUCAAACACCGAGAAACAUUCCUUACGACGAUGUCGACCCUGUUUUGACCGAUGCAGCGUAUAUCGGUAAAUGGGCCUACGAGUUUCUAAUUCUGAGCGAGCCGAUCACCAAUGAAUUGUCCACGAAAAUCUUGAUCGAAUAUCUGAAGAGUCUGACGAACGCGAAGGGCUGGGCGUUGAUCGAUUAUCCCAGUACUUAUGAGCAGAUGUCACGGCUCGAAGUCGCGUUGACCGGCACUAUUCCACCGCCCGAGACGAAAGCUCUCGCUUUCGAUGAUAUCACGAUGGAAGAUGUCGAGAGUCUGACGCCGAGGAUCAUCUUCGAGGACCCAUCCGACCCAUACGCGUCACACAGGCAAUCGAAGAUCCUUCCCGAUCCGAUAACAAAACGCGAGCUGACGGCGAUAGGUCAGCAGUUUGCGAAGCUGUUCGUUCGAGUGAAACAGCAACCGAAGUAUUUCGAGAUCGGUGGUAAAACUUACGAGGCGGUGACGGAGGACACGCCUUCGCUCGACAAGUUUUACGCGACCCGAAAGAUCGCGCAUAUACUCUACUACUCUACCCUCGACCUAGCGACAUUGAAGAAACUGGCAAGGUUGAUCAUCGGCGACCCACUGCAGAGGCAAUCGUCCACGGAAUUGUUCGGCGAGGUGUUGAAAACUUUCGAGAAGAAUACGAAACACGGUGCGAGCUUGAAACCAGCGGUGGUCAGGCGACUGCUGACCGAGGAGGACGCGUUCGAACUGGAACAGCUGGACACAGACCUGGACGAAGGGGAGAUGAGACAGGAUCUAGCGAUGGGUGAUUAUGAGAUGGAGUUCGAACAAUUAGCCAAGCCUGGCGAGUCCCAUUGGGAAUGGAUCGAAUUUCCCCUGUCCUCCAUGAUAAUGACUAGCCUGGCGAGGAUCUGGGAGAACGUGGAGAACAUCUACGUGGAAGAACUGAAGGAAUUGAUAUUGAUGAAGAGCGUCCACGCGUCGAGCGUCGUCCCGUACACGGACUUCGUCACGCAGAACGCCCAAGAUUUCAUCAAACGUCCCGACAAUAAACAGGACCUCCUGCACAAGUUUCACAUGGCGUUCAACGCGAUCGACGAUAACGCGAGGAACGACGCGGACGUGAAAUGCGAGUUGCAUCGUCGCGUGGCUGACUUCCAAUCGGAACUGUGGGAGAUCUGCGACGAGAGGAGGCGUCAGGCGGAAGAAGAAAGGAAGCGAUAUAUAAACGAUCACUGGACGGUGCGCGAGGCGGUCAUCCUCUUCAACGUUUACGUGGGCAUUGUUCAAGUCGAGAUAGACCGAUGCUCGGACACGAUACACUUGUUGCAAGACUAUUAUUUCGGUAUGAUGAAGAAAUCGUUUCAAGAGGUUACCGCCUCAAAAGUGAUUUUGAAUAAGAUCGAUGAGAACGGUGCGGAAGCUGUGAACGGCGAAGACGAAGAGUCACAGACUCAUGCCGAUAAGGCCACUAGCCAAGGCAGGAGACGCGAUCGAGCCAAAGCAAAAGCGGGAUCGCCUAAAUUAGAGGUUUCACCUCCUCCGGUGGCCGUCGGCCAUUCCGUUCUUCAAAAAGAGAUCGACGAAAUGCUGUUAGACAAGAACAAGGCCCUGAAGAGCAUAGAGGAUUCCUUGCUGUACAAAGGGAUUCUGGAGAACGUUCACUACGCGAAGAGCAUCGUGGAGUCGUUGUACACAACAGGAAACGAGGUCCUGAAAAGGGAACAGCUAGCCAUUUCGAAGAGCAAAGAGCAUACGAUAGGAUCGGCAGAAUCGGCUGACUCGAUCGAAUUGAAGAUACAAUCGAGGGGGCAAGACAUAAUAUUGGAGUGGCAGUACGCGUUCAUGUACGAGAUCGAACGAGUUCGACUGAAAUUGGAGUCCAUAAUUGGAGUGGCGAAACUAGACGUCUCUUUCCUAUUGGAGACAUUGCAAAGGGCGUUCCAUGGAAUUUAUGAUGGCAUCGUCGACAGGUAUUGGCGAGAAAUGAAGAGCGUGAACGACAUGGCGAACGUUUUCUGUUUCGCCAUCGAGGAAGGUAGAUUAUUGGACAAGGAAAUGUUACUGGACGGCGAUCGAUUCGUUAUCCGUUCAAACGUUUACGUAGUCCCGAUGGAACCGGAAAAAGGAAUGAGCGUAAAGGAAGUUUCGUCGCCUCUGCGAUUCCGAAUAAAUCAUCUGGCACACUUGAUGGACAUAUUUAAACGAGUCGCGCCGUACGCAAGUAUGUGCGAGCAGUCUUUGGUGUACAUCCUUCAGGAUUUAGUGAGCCACGGCAAGGAGGAGGGAGAGACGAUGUUGCUACCUUGCCACUGGUACCAGCUUCGUCCCAAAGAUAUUUCGAAUCUCGUCGGGAAGUUGUUCGGUUCCGUAGAUACGAUCGAUUGGAGGGAAUUUCUUAUUUACGCGAUGGACUUACCUAUACCGAAUUGUUGCGAUAUACUAAUCGCCAGAGAUCGAUUCCGUAUACAAGAUCCCGAGUUGAAAGAAGUCGUGAGCUUAGCUCAGUACUGCUGGACGCCUUUGUGGUUCCUUGAGUGCAACGAAAAUUAUCCUUACAUUCAACAUCUUCUGGGCGAUGAAUUUCAAUGGAACCGAGAGGAUCUCUUCGAGGAAGAAUUCUAUCAUUUCAACAAUGAAGCGUCGGAGAAAUUGUUUAUGGAUCGAAGUUCGACUUCGGACGUAGCCGCGUGUUAUUCCACCCCCGAAGAAACGCUCAGGCUAAUCCUCGCCAAGGAAUUGCUGUCUAGGAUGUACAUGGUGGAUCAGCACACGGUCAACUAUACGGCUUUGCUGUUGGCGUUUUGCAAGGAGGAGGACCCAAAAGACGGGUUUGCGAAAGCGUUAGCGCUCGCCUUGGGGAACAGAGUCUGUACCAACUUUGAGGAGGGCGAGAGGUAUGUUCAGGAACUUUUGGACAAGAAGCGAGCGGCUCGUGAAGCCUCUCGCCGUGAUGCUCUCGAGAGAAUCAAAUCAAUAGAGAUAAGAAAGUCGGAUUCGUUUCAGAUAGCGAAACGGAUCGUCAUCCAUCUAAUUUAUCGAGUCGAAAGGAAGAUCGAUGCAGAUAAUUCGAGCGAACAGUUGGGCGAUUCUCGCGUGUUGACAAUUUUCAGUGAAGUAACUUUACCCGAGAGCGUCGCAGAGAUCGAAUCAUUUAGCAGCGGAGAGUUUGGUCACGAGGAAGUUUCCGUGGCCAGUUUCUUCGAACAGAGAGCGAAAGAUCAAGAAGUAGUCAUUUAUUGGCUAUCGAUCGACAUCUUCCUCACAGUAAUGGCUGCUGCUUUACCAUGGCACACAGUGCCUCCAAACAUUACCGGAAAAGAUACAAGCCUGCGGGAGGCUUUGACUUGCGUGUACCAAGAAUUGAGGGACGCCGAUUUGAACGAGGAAUCGGACAUGGCCCUGGCUCAUCGAGUCUUGAAUCACGAAUUUGUGUUACGGGUAUUGAACAGCGUGACCAAGUUCAUGACCAGGAAUAUGGGAGCCAUCGUGGAGGAGAUUUUGCAAGGGAAGAAGAACACGAAAUUCGGUUAG